AUGAAUAUUCUAUUCUGGUUCGCGGGGAACGCAUGCUUUUUUUCUCCGGCGAAUUUCAUCCUUGCUAGGCCCGGACCGUAUAUCAAUGCCGAGGUCUCUGGUGGUGGCUUCCCCGGUUGGGUCCAACGGAUCGAGGGCAGUGUUCGAACAACUGACCCAUCUUUUUUAAAUGCUAUAGAGAAUUAUAUAUCCACCAUUGGUGGACUCAUUAGCAAAGCGCAGAUCACCAAUGGAGGACCGGUUAUCUUGUUCCAGCCAGAGAACGAAUACUCGGUGUGUGAAGGAGCCCCCAGUGAUGAGGAUCUUAACUUUUGUCUCGAGAAAAACUACAUGGCAGCCAUUAAACAACAAUUUAGAGAUGCAGGGGUUGUUGUGCCGUUUGUCAACAACGACGCCGUAGCUCUGGGUAAUUGGGCACCUGGGACUGGUAAAGGGGCUGUUGAUAUCUAUGGGUUUGACAAUUAUCCCUUUGGAUGGGGCAACGGAUGCGAGUCCAGAGAAUUGGACACAGAUUACAGACCCUUGACACAGUACAACUUUACCCAGCAUCAGUCUAUGAGUUUUGGGACCCCGUUUUCCCUCAUCGAGCUCCAGGGAGGUGCUCCAGAUCAAUGGGGUGACACGGGCGUUGAUGUCUGCGCCGAGAUGGUAAGUAACAUCUUUGCAAGAGUAUUUUACAAGAUUAAUUACGGUUUCCGCAUCACUAUUUUCAACCUUUACAUGAUGCUUGGCGGCACUAACUGGGGUAAUUUGGGAUAUUCAUCUGGGUAUACUUCUUACGAUGUCGGCGCACCUAUCAUGGAGGACCGACAGAUCACUCGAGUUCCUAUAUCAACAUCCUACAAAUGGCAGGUUAAUACGAGCCAGGGGAAUAUCACAGUCCCUCAACUGGGAGGUUUUUUGACUCUCCAUGGACGUGACUCCAGAUUCCAUGUUACAGGCUAUGAUUUAGGAGUCGUCAUCCUGGUCUAUUCAACUGCGGAAAUCUUCACCUGGAGAAGGCAUGGGUCUAAGUCUGUCCUCGUCCUGUACGGUGGCGAAGGCGAGACCUAUGAGUUCGCGGUGGAUAGCAGCAUCGGGAAUGCAACAAUCAUCGAAGGCUCUAAUGUCAGGGUUGGGAAAAAGGGGACAAUAUUUGUCAUGCAGUGGGAUGUCAUACCUUUUCGACAAGUCGUACAUUUUGGAGAGCAUCUGAACGUUUAUGUACUUUGGUGGAACGAGGCCUAUCGAUACUGGGUUAUGGACCUCCCUGCUUCUGAUCCAUUGGGCCUCGACUACGGUUAUCAUGCCGGCUCAGUAUUGAAUACCAACACCAUGAAAUCGCCGCGCGGCCUCCUAGAUUAUGAUCUAUCCAGCCAUGACUCGAAAUCUGACGUCUCGUGGAAAAUCACUGGUAACCUCGGCGGGGAGCAGUAUCGCGACCACGGCCGUGGUCCCUUGAACGAAGGGUCUGUUUUUGUGGAGAGGCAGGGCUACCAUCUUCCAGGGGCCCUGAAUUCGACUAAAGCAGGAUGGCAGGCCCGGACCCCACAGGAAGGCCUCUCAGCAGCCGGAGUUGGCCUUUUCGCGACCACAUUCUCACUUGACUACCCGCAAGGAUAUGACAUCCCCACCAGUGUAGUGUUCAAUCUGUUGACACAAACGACAAGUCGGGGGCUUUUCAGAUCCAAACUAUUUGUCAAUGGGUGGUAG